AUGCUUGGAAGUAUGUGGGUUAGUGUUGGCGGGCAGGGGCGGGCAGGGGAGGGCGUGAUUAUUGGCGUGCUGGACUCGGGGAUCUGGACCCUUCUUUCUCGGACAAGCCCCACCCCUUUCUUCCUUCUCUUAUCUCUCCCACUCAACCUCUCCCCCUUUCUUCCCCCUCAUCUUGCAGGGUUACAGGCCAGUGCCCAAGCGGGCUAUAAACCAGUGCCCAAGCGGUGGAGGGGGGCGUGCACGGGGCUGAGCAGGUGCAACCGCAAGCUGAUAGGCGUGCGCUUCGUUCCUCCUCCCCUAUUUCCCGCCCCUAUUUCGUGCGCCUAUCUCUGGCAGGGCUAUAAACCAGUGCCCCAGCGGUGGAGGGGGGCGUGCACGGGGCUGAGCAGGUGCAACCGCAAGCUGAUAGGCGUGCGCUUCGUUCCUCCUCCCCUAUUUCCCGCCCCUAUUUCGUGCGCCUAUCUCUGGCAGGGCUAUAAACCAGUGCCCAAGCGGUGGAGGGGGGCGUGCACGGGGCUGAGCAGGUGCAACCGAAAGCUGAUAGGCGCUCGAUACUUCCUCAAGGGGUACGAGGCGGAGUAUGGCAAGCUGGCCCAGGGGGAGUUCCGCUCUGCACGUGAUGCUGGUGGGCACGGCACGUGGUGUGCGGGAGCGGCAGCAGGUAACGCAGGAGUGGUUCUCACAGACGAGUUUGGAUCGACGGCGGGGCCAGCCAGUGGCAUGGCGCCACGUGGCAGGCUGGCUAUCUACAAGGCGAUCUGGUUCAACGCGUCAGAGGGGUACGGCCACGACUGCGACAUCUUUGCAGCCGUUGAUCAGGCCGUCGCGGACGGUGUGGAUGUGCUCUCCAUGAGCAUUGGGUCGGGCGAGGAUACAUACUUUGGGGACCUGCCUCUGCUGAGAGCGGUGCAGGCGGGUGUGUUCCUGGCCAUGGCAGCGGGCAACGAGGGACCGCCCCCCAUGGCUCAGAAGCCUUAUGGCUUCCGCACUCUCAGCAACGCUGCUCCCUUCUAUCUCACUGUUGCCGCCAGGUGGUGCGGUGGACAAUCGAUCUUCCUCGAUUUUGCACGAUCGAUCGAGGGAGGUGACGCGUCCUCAUUUCACCUCUCACCCUCAUUUCACCUCUCACCCUCAUUUCACCUCUCACCCUCAUUUCACCUCUCACCCUCACUUCCUUUCUCAUCCUCACUUCCCCUCUCACCCUCACUUCCCCUCUCAUCCUCACUUCCUUUCUCAUCCUCACUUCCCCUCUCAUCCUCACUUCCCCUCUCACCCUCACUUCCCCUCUCAUCCUCACUUCCCCUCUCACCCUCACUUCCCCUCUCACACUCACUUCCCCUCUCACCUCACUUCCCCUCUCACCCUCACUUCCCCUCUCACCCUCACUUCCCCUCUCACCCUCACUUCCCCUCUCACCCUCACUUCCCCUCUCAUCCUCACUUCCCCUCUCACCCUCACUUCCCCUCUCACACUUACUUCCCCUCUCACCUCACUUCCCCUCUCACCCUCACUUCCCCUCUCACCCUCACUUCCCCUCUCAUCCUCACUUCCCCUCUCACCCUCACUUCCCCUCUCACACUCACUUCCCCUGUCAUCCUUACUUUCCCCACUCCUACUUCCACUUCUCUUGACACCCCAGCUCAACAGAUGACGACUGGGGCUUCUUUGGUCGCUCUGCACACCAAGGCAGCUCUCAGACCCCAUGAUGGCCCCCUUUUCUUCCACGUCUCUUCCACGGAGCCUUUCGAUUGA